GCCUCGUAAUCGCUCUUGAGAACUCAAAGUCGACGAAACAGCAGGAAACUCUAAGCCAACUAAACCCUCAUUCGCCGUCGCUCCUUCAACCCUUAUUUUUUCGCCAAAUAGAUCGCCUCUCCUUUUAUCUCUUUUGGACUUACUUUUCUCUUGUUUACACUCACGGUUCUUGUUCCUCUACGCUUCCUUUUUCUCCUCCCCUACGACAUCGCGUGCAUUUCCUUGGUAAGCGGAUCCGGGAGGCAGCCCGAUCACCGCCAGACGAUAGCCCAUCAUGUCCGGACGAUACGAAAGAGUCAAUGCUCAAGACGAGGAGGACUUUCAUAAUAACAACAACAACAACAACAACAACCGCAUAUCUCCAGUCCCACACUCGCCACCGCCCUCAUUUCACUCUCGAGCCCCCUCUCCUCAGCGCCAAGUCGACAACACUCUCGCCGAUGCCUUUGACGAUGACGAUGAUAGCGACGAUGAAGUCGAUGACCGACAGCGUCUGAUGCGACAAAACUCGACCCCUUCGUUCGACACGACAAAUGCGACAUCGACUCCUGCUCAACCGGCUGUUCCGGCACCAACGCCAUCUGCAUCAAGAUCAACAAGAGUCGUAGGAGGAGGCUCAGGAUCGGACGGUGUUUUUGCCAAUUUGUCUGCGCGUCCAGAGCGAGGCGGCAACAGUGAUCCCGAGAAGGAUGAACUACCACCAUCUUACGAACAAGCUGCGGCUGAUGCUGCUCCCCCAUACUGGGAGACGACAAUUCUCGCUCCUGGCAUGGGCGGACCCGACGAGGUCUACAUUGACGGCAUGCCAGUCGGAUCAUUCUUCUCAUUCGUCUGGAACGGAAUGAUCUCAACAUCCUUCCAGCUCGUCGGUUUCCUCCUCACAUAUCUCCUGCACUCUACCCAUGCUGCCAAGAACGGCUCUCGCGCUGGCCUCGGCAUCACUCUUAUUCAAUACGGCUUCUACAUGAAGGGCGCCUCCGAAGACGAACCCCCAGCAAUGAGUGGCCCGGAUGGUUACGCCGCCCCACCAGACCCCAACUCGCACAACUUCAAGCAAGGCGACGUGACGGACGAGGAUCUUGGCAACAUUACUGGAAGCGAGUGGCUAGGAUACGUGCUCAUGGUCGUCGGCUGGUUUCUUCUUAUCAAGAGUGUCGCCGAGUUCCUACGAGCACGCCGCCACGAGCAGCUUGUCCUGCAGAGCCCUGAUCGUGGCCUGAGCGUCCCGAUUAUUGCCGAGGGCGAGUCCAACGAGCGAGUGGUCUAAGAAAGAUCAGACGGGAGAAGUUUACAUGUACAACAAACAAUAUACCACAUCAUGCCAGCGCAUCAGUCGAGAGACGUACGCGUUUCUCUUAUUUGUUCUUCUUUCCGGCGUUUUCUUGGGUGGAAUGAAUCGAAGGGAUUGGAAGGAUAUAUGGGUUCCUACUACAAGCUUAUUGUUUGGCGCGUCGCACGCAGUUUCUUACGUCUACGUAUGUCUAUAAAACAUGAUCUGAAAUCUGAAUUCGGGUGUCAUAGUAGUAAAUUGGUGACAGACGUGAUAAUGGGUCUAGACUUUGGGCGUUUGACAUGUGGCUUUUGGGGCAGAUGGCCUGUAACAACUCCAUUCCUAGACAGCUCGAAUCAGACAGGAUCAGCCCGA